UGGAGUAAUAGAACAAACGGGUUUUGAGGCUCCUGGAGUUAAGGGAAAAUCAAAACAAGACAAGUAUCGCCAUCAUGAGCUUAUCUGCACCCUCAACUACUGUUGCCAUACAGAAUGAAACAAUGACCACCAAAUCUCUCGUGAACACGACCGUAUUAUUUUCUGCCGUCUUCAUUCAGAAUGAGACAACCACCGCCGCCGACGACAUGAACAGCACGUCGAUUCCUACAACUAUGACCACACAUGUGUAUGAAAAUGCCGCACCCGUUUCACUUUUGUUUAUCUUUGGAGUCGUUGGAAAUGCUAUAGCUCUCACGGUUUUAUGUUGUUCCGCAAAAACACACAAAUGGCGCCCGUUUUACCGGUACGUAUGCGGUCUGGCAAUUUCCGAUGGCGGGGGGAUAUUAGCAUCUUACCCCUUUGCACUGUAUCGUUACAUCUCUAAGUUUAAUUAUGAAUUCCCGACACCGCUGUGCGCGUACCUCGGCUUCGUGUUCAUGUUUACUCUGAUGUCUUCAGCCAUGAUCGUCUGCUGUAUGUCAUUUGACCGAUUUUUUGCUACUUUUUACCCUUUCCUUUACAAUUCUCCCCGGAGAGAAUUCCGGACCAACUUCACACUGGGUGUAGUGUGGUUUCUAGCAGGAAUUAUCAGUAGCCUUCAUCUGUAUGGGCUGGGAUCAAGCAAAAACAUAUAUCCCGGAUCAUGGUGUUUUCUGAACUUUAUUGAAUUAGGUCCUAUCGACCCGAAAUCCACACAGAACAUUAUCUACUCCUACAUAUACGCAACAACUGGCGUGAUUGUUGUUCUGAUGACCAUUAUGAUAAACACAGCGGUCAUUUUCUUCUUCGUUAGGAACAAAGUUGGCGGGAAGAGAUCACGCAAACGAGAUCUACACGUCAUUGUUUUCCUGCUGGUAAUUGUUACCGUGUUUACCUCAUGCUGGGCUCCUCUUAUGGUAAACAUUCUCCAACAUGCUUCUGGUUCUAUUACUGGGGAGGGGACUACGGAACUUAACCUUUUGCGCAUGGGUGUGACGAAUUCGGUGGUGGAUCCCUGGAUAUACAUUCUAUUCCGGAAGGAGGUCAUCCUGCUCGUCAUAAGUGGUCUAGAACGUUUGACUGGAAGGAAAUACAAAAUCAAACAGGAAUUGUCAGGACUUUCAGGAACUGGUGACUCAAACAAAACGUCUACUGCUGUUUACAAAACUCCUGCUACAGACACACUGGAUACGCCCACUUCUACAACAACUACACAUGUAUCAGAUGAUGGUGGCGUUUACAGAGGAUGAUAAAAUGAUCGGCUUACCCUUUAUACAGUACACUUUUUUGAAAACGAUCUUUAAAAAGCCGUAACGGUUCUUUCGGUAUCUCAUAAUGUUUUCCAACAUUUUAUUUCAUGGAAUUAUCAAAACCAAAAUUUUGCCCAAUGUAUCUGAUUUCCUCGUUUUAUAUUGUGACAUAGAGAAAAUUCCCUGUUAUCUUUGGCAAAUAUAUUAAGAUGUCUGCAACACAAGUGAACUAUAUAAACGUGCAACUUCGUACUAAAACGCCAGAAUGAAAGGUGAAAAUAACGAACAGUGAUCAAUGUCAUAACUCUUAUAAGCAAUACAAAAUAGAUAGCUGGGCAAACACGGACCCCUGGACACACCAGAGGUGAAGUGAUUUUUUCAAGAAAAGGUAUCGGUCAUACCAAAUUGACACAUUUGUUAAAUACUUAACAGAAGACUUCAAUCUGAAUGUAUAUUUUGUGACUGUCUGUUAACCAUACGCCACAUCCUUUUAGAAUGUACCAAUUUUUCGCUCAUUCGAAAUAGACCCUUUGAUAAUGUGCAAUCAAUGCAAGAGCUUUUUACAAAAAUCAAUAAUUAGAUUUUAUAAAAUGUUUGCAAGAAUGUGAUUUUUUUACAGUAAUAAGUACUUUUUAUUUUACUUUUUAUAUAUACCUGAAAUGUUAUACCCUUUACCUGUUUAUAUAUUUCAACUUUUACGUUCAUCGGAAAUGACGUUGAUCGCUUCUCUGGUUUUUUUUUUUUAUAAAGAUUACAUACAUACAAUAACACAUGUGUUUCACCUUUUUGUGGCAGAAAUUUGGCCAUCUUUUCUUGUUUCGGUUUUAUAAUGUAGUACUGUGCGGCACUCCUUCCUUUCAAGUUUGUGAGGAUUAUGUAAUAUGUUUGUAAUAAAGCCAGUUUGGUCUAGUUGGUCUCUGUGAUUAGCCUCCCAGUGUUUCAUAACUAUGCUCUUAUUACGUCAUUUUUUUCAAUAAAUAACAAUUACGAAAAGUCCUGUUGUUCGAGCAAAAUAAUAAUGAUAACUAACUUCAUUGAAGGCAGCAUGCUUAUAACAGGCGUUUCGAGAAGUGUACUUAAAUAGUAAUUCAUGUGAAAAAAUUACUUUAAGUAAAGUUUGUUAAAGUAUAACACAUGUGCACCUUUCCCCUCAUUUGCCCCCACCCACCCCGUCAUAUAAAUACAUUCCGCUCCCGGUGACCCUUGCAUUUUACAGCUACCCAAUCAUUAACUAGUCUUUUCAUUAUCUUUUGUCGAGAGUUUUUCGUGCAACCCACCUCCAUCCCAGCUGGUUCUCUUUGUACCACCUUUUUGCUUUCCGUUAUGUACAAUUGUAUUUAUGUUUGGCAGAAUUUUGGCUACUCUUUUGCUUACCGUUAUGUACAAUAUUGUAUUAAUGUUUGGCAGAAUGUUGGCCACCUUUUUACUUACCGUUAUGUACAAUAUUGUAUUUAUGUUGGGCAGGAUUUCGGCCACCUUUUUGCUUCGGUUUUAUAAUCUAGUACAAAGAGGAAAGAGUCCUUUUAUUGAUUGAUUGAUUGAUUGUAUAUUAUUUAACGUCCCUCUUAAGAAGUUUUCAAUCAUGUGGAGACGUCUGUUUCUUUUUUGUUCACAGUGAUUAUGUAACAUGUUUGUAGUAAGACCAGUGUGGACUACAUUGUAGAUGGUUAUAUUAUAUGUAGUGUGAUUGACCUUCCAGUUGUUCACAACUAUGCUCUUAUUACAUCAUUUCCAAUAAAUGUUAAUAAAGGAAA